ACGGCUGCUCCCCUCCACAGAGUGGAGGAUGAACCGAGGAGGAGAGAGGGCAGUCGGAGUUUAGCUGGUCGGCAUGCGGAGGAAGCAGCUGCUCGAUUGACUUCUUCUUGUGUCUUUUUUUUGUGUGUGGAUAGAGCGAAUGCUUCUGCUGGAUUCUGGGAGGAAAUGAACAACAGGAUGGAGGGUACAGCGGGGCCAGGCACCAGGGCGAACGGACCGGUCCCGGUGCCCCGCGGCAACCAGACGCCUCCGCCGCCGCCGGCCCCGCCGCUGUCCCCGGAGGAGCUGGGCGAGGAGCAGCCGUCGUCGCUGACCGACGUCUCCCAGAUGUGGAUUAAGUUCGCCAAAACCUUUGCCGUCAUCUUUCCCAUCUAUGUGCUGGGGUACUUUGAGUUCAGCUUCAGCUGGGUCCUGAUCGGACUCGCCGCGCUUUUCUACUGGAGGAAGAACCACGGCGGGCAGGACUACAGGAUAAACCGCGCCCUGGCCUUCCUGGACCACCAGGACAAGGUGGUGAAGCAGAGUCUGCCGGCGACUGAGCUGCCGCCGUGGGUCCAUUAUCCAGAUGUGGAGAGAGUGGAGUGGCUCAAUAAGACGGUGAAGCAGAUGUGGCCGUUCAUCAGCCAGUUUGUGGACAAACUGUUCAGAGAAACAAUCGAGCCGGCCGUGAAAGGCGCCAACCCUCAUCUCAGCACCUUCUGCUUCACCAAGAUCGACAUGGGAGACAAGCCGAUCAGAGUGAAUGGAGUGAAGGUUUACACUGAAAAUGUGGACAAGAGGCAGAUUAUCAUGGACCUGCAGAUCAGUUUUGUUGGCAACACAGAGAUCGACGUCGACAUCAAGAAAUACUACUGCAGGGCGGGAAUCAAAAGCAUACAGCUUCACGGCAUGCUGAGGGUGGUGAUGGAGCCUCUUCUGGGGGACAUGCCUCUGAUCGGAGCCCUGUCCGUCUUUUUCCUCAAGAAACCCAUUUUGGACAUCAACUGGACGGGACUCACGAACAUGUUGGACAUUCCAGGCGUUAAUGGUUUGUGCGACGGCCUCGUCCAGGACAUCAUCUACAGCUACUUGGUGCUGCCGAACCGUCUCAACAUCCCUCUGGUGGGAGAGGCUGAACUGGCCAGGAUCCGCUUCCCCAUUCCACAGGCUUUGCUAAGAGUCCACUUCAUCGAAGCCCAGGACCUGCUGUCCAAGGACAAGUUCCUGGGAGGACUGAUCAAGGGCAAGUCCGACCCGUACGGCACCAUCCAGCUCGGGACGCAACAGUUCAAGAGCAAAGUCAUCAAAGAGAACUUGAAUCCUAAAUGGAACGACGUUUUUGAGUUUUUGAUAUACGACAACACGUCAAAGAAUAUGGAAAUUGAACUGUUUGACGAAGACCCAGAUGAAGAUGACAGAUUGGGAUGUUUGGUGCUGGACAUGGCUGAGGUCCAGAAGUUACAAACGGUGGAGGAGUGGUUUGCUUUGGAAGAUGUGCCCAGAGGGAAGCUGCACCUGAAGCUGGAGUGGCUGUCUCUGGUCUCCACACCUGAGAAGCUGAACCAGGCGCUGGCCAGCAUCAAGGCGGAUAGUUCCCAGGCCAGCGACGGGCUGUCGUCUGCGGUGCUCGUCGUCUUCCUGGAUUCAGCCAGGAAGCUGUCGAGCGUCUUCGAGGGGAACUUGGGUUCAGGCCAAUUAAAAGAGAGGAGGUCGGCGGGCCUCGUGUUUUGUGAGAACACGUCUUCUCUCUAUAGGAGCUUAUUUCGCAAUCCGUUAGAGUUCAACCAAGCGGGGCUGAGGAAGGCCUCGGUCAGUAAGAGCAUCAAGUCCGGCAAAAAGAUAACCAGUGAGCCAAGCCCAUUUGUCCAGUUCAGAGUGGGACACAAGCACUUUGACAGCAAGAUCAAAUACAAAACCACUGAACCAGUGUGGGAGGAAAACUUCACGUUCCUCAUCCACAACCCUAAACUGCAAGAGCUCGUGGUCGAGGUGAACGAUGCGAAGCACGAGUGCUCGCUGGGGACGCUGAAUGUGCCCCUGACCCGUCUUUUAGAGGCAGAGGAUAUGACUCUGAGCCAGCGCUUCCCUCUCAAGAUCACCGGGGCGAGCGGCACCCUCAAGAUGAAGAUGGCUCUGCGGGUCUUGAGUCUUGAAAAGGAUGCAUCCUCGCCAACAGACAGCAACCCAUCAUCGGUGCAGGUCCGUAAAUCCAGCUCCGCCACCCCCACCCCCACCCCACGGCCGUCCGUUUCCUCAGAAUCCAGCAAGCCCCCUUCCAACCCCUCCGAGGUGCCCCGCUCCACGGAGAGGUCUGCUCAGGACCUGCUGAACAAGCGUAAGGAGUCAGAGGGUGCGCUGAGGUCCCUGGGGAGCGCAGACCUGGAACAGGCCGGCGUCGGAAGAGGAGGAGGAGGAGGAGGUAAAAGCCUGGCAGAAACGGGGAAGAGCAUGUCCUACCUGGCCAUCUCCGGCUCCCAGCAGUUGCUGAAUAGCGGCAAGGAGCCAACGCCCAGCAUCGCUUCAGAUAUUUCCUCUCCCGAGGCUGUUCAGGAGCUGCACCAGAGACUCGUCGAGCACCUGGAUAAUGGCAGAGCCCCCGAUUACGCCCCUCUUGGCGAGAUCGAGCUGACCAUCCGGCACAGCUCGCAGAGGAACAAGCUGAUUGUGGUGGUUCACCGCUGCAGAAACCUGUUGGCUUUAAGCCACCACAGUCCAAACCCUUACGUCCGUCUAUACCUGCUCCCCGACAAAAGGCGUUCAGGACGGAGGAAAACUCACACCUUCAAGAAGACAAACAAUCCGAUCUACGACGAAACGUUCGAGUUCAGCGUCUCCAUCAUGGAGCUCCACAGACGGACUCUGGAUGUUGCAGUGAAGAACGGUGGAAAUCUGCUCUCCAAACACAAAGGUCUUCUAGGAAAGGUUCUGGUCGAUUUAAAUCAUGAUGACAUCAGCAAAAGCUUUACACAAUGGUUCGAACUGACUGAAGACGGCCGCCCGAGAAUGCUGCUAUAAGGAGUCUUCAUCGCCUCUAAGAGUAUCUAUUCGCCACGCUUCCACUCAUGUCCACAGUACAUUUUUCUAUAUGAUUUUCACAGAGUUUAAAUGUAAAAAAUGUAGAGAAAAGCAGCUUUUGACACUCAUUAAUCACAUCAGUCGCAAAGGCAAGGCUUCCCUUUAAGAAGUGACUUAUUGACUAAAGGAAUAGACAAAUGUAAAAAAGCGUAAAUACUACUUUAUGUGCCGAGAUAGAGGUUUUAUCCCGUAUUUAUAGAAGCUGGAACAGUUUUUUUUUCCUCCUGUUGCCACAUACACUAUAUGUAUGUUUGUAUAUAGUGUAAAAUGAUGCGGUUUAUAUUCUGCACAUAUCAGAGACGUCUGGUGUCUUAAUGGCCAAAGGAUUGUGCUUAAAUGUAUCUAAUUUUCUUCUAUAUAUUUUUUUAUUAUUGUUAUUUUCAUCUAAGCAUUCUUGAUGGUUGUUCAAGCAGAGCUGCACCAAAGAGGCGAGAAGUAUUUGAUUCCUUUACGCUCGUAAGCUCUGAUAACGCGACACUCUGGCUCUCUAGCACUGUAGAAAUCAUAAUUAUGAGAAUGACAGACAUGAGUGAGUGAACCAAAGGAGAAGAAGUGCACUCAGAAGUUGUCUUAAAAAGGGGUUAAAGUUUCUUAGUUAGCUAAAUAGUGUCCAGAAACACUCUUUUUACAAGGAAAUAAGACCAUUAUCAAGUGUUACGGUUGUUUUAAUUGAAUGUGACUAUUUGCACAUGAAUAUUUUAAAAUCUGAUAACAAUCAUUAGUAUUUAGCAUCAAUAUUACAUCCAGUGGGGAUUAAAAAACCCAAUUAAAAUCAUCCCAUUUGGGAGAUGAUUAUUUUCAAAGGGAAAUCUUAUAAUUUAGAUCAUGCCUGUUUAAAAUUAGACGCUGAGGUAAACACAAAUAAAAGGCCCUUAUUUUUUUAUGUUUGUUUUAUUUUGUAAUAGUUGUUCUAAAGAAUAAUAAUAAACAGGGCCAGACUGUUUCCCCCUGUGAUCAGUCUGUGUGGUAAAAUAACCGAACCACCACUUUGUUGGUUUUUAACAGGUUUAAAGAGUUUCAAAAUGUUUAAAUUAUUCCAAAACACAAUUGAGCUCUAUGCUUUUUUUUUUUGUUUUGUUUUGUUUUGUUUUUUUUAGGUUUUAAUUUAAUUUUCUUUGUAAUAAUGAAGCCACAAUGUGUAGCUUCCUCAGGUAUUCCUACUUAUAUAACACGUCAGAAUCCCUUACUCUUACCCAAUCAGUCACUUUUUAGUGUUUUUUUUUUUUGUUUGUUUUGUUUUUGUUUUCUUAUCAGAGCAAAAGUUAAAAAUAUUGUGGAUUAAAUUCUAAAAUUAAGAGUUUCUACAAAAGUUAAUUUAGAUUCGGAGUCCCUGUGGAGUUAUAGUUAAGUAUUUCAUCACUUUCUAAGUGUGGACAGGUAUGGAGUAAAACACAGAGUAUCUAAAAUAUUUAUAUUUACAGACUUUUUUUUUUUUACCUAUUAUCUUUUCUAAAAUCCAGAAAUCCACAUUUAUAAUAUGUAUUUAAUGUUUAACAGUUGAAUUUAUAAACCGGGCCUCUGGUGGUCUCAACCACACCCAAAUUAAAGCAAGAGUGAAGGAGCAACAGAACCAAACUGGGUUUCACAGAUUAGAUUCUGAAAUAGAGCUGAUCAAAGUUGGUCCAGAUGUUAGAAUCGCCCUUUAGCAUCACGUUGAUUCCUGGUAGGGAAUUAUUUGCACUGUCAAGAGUAAGAUUUAAAAUAUAAUAUUCUUGGAAAGUGAAUCUGGUAAAGGAUUGACAUUUGAAAUGGUAAAUGUGGAGGAACCCUGUCCUUUAAUUAAAAGACUUCACUGGAAAGGUUUUUGCAAAUAAUUGGUAGUUUUAGUGAUUUAAAAGCUGGGUCCGGAUGAAAACCGAGUUUUUCCAAAUUACAUUUUCUGUUUGUCGGGUUUUUGUUUAGAAGUUCCACAGAAACACAACGUCGUUUUGAGAAAUGCACCGAUCAGCACGAAAACACCCGCAGCGAUUCACAGCACUGUAGAAAAUACUGGAUGUUAAACCUGUAGGUGGCGCUGUGGGCACGGAAGCGCACACGUUUGCUCAGUAGCUAUUCACACAAAAGCACACGGGGGGAGGAAAAACUCAACACCUGCUGAGAGUUUUCCUCAUUUAAAGUUCCUGAAUGUUGGCGAGGCGCAGCGACGCGACUCGGACCUCAGCGUACAUCGGUACCGGUAACCGACCCAGUCCUACUUUCAGUGCACAACCAGUUGAUUUGGACUGGAAGUAAGAUGGAGACGAUCGAAAGGUUUACUUAAUGUUUCCCUUCCUGACGAAAUCUACACAUAGUGGCUUUUGAAAAAUCAGUCAACCAACCUUAUUUAUUUGUUUCGUGCAUGUUAAAACUCUACAUUUGUAACUGUUUUCCUACUGAACAGGAAUCCAUAAGCGCUCUUCAGUACAACGCGCAGGUCUGGGCUGGGUGCCACGGUCAGGGUCACUUGUUUUCUAACCACUUCCUGUUGCCGUUGCUUUAGAUCGUUCACUUCCUGUUUGUAGAAACAUUCAGUCUUAACUAGUCGUUUUCCACGUUGUAUUUAAAAGGAAAACCCAGAAGAUGACGUUUAAAUAUUUUUUAUUUUCUACUAUAAACACACGUUAAACUGUGCCGUGCUUUUUUUACUUUACAGCUCUGCUUCAUAAGAGGUUUUUAUCAGCAGGCGCACUGCAGGUCUUGGCAUGAAACUCUUUAGGUAAAUCUGCUGCUCUUGUGUUUGACACUACAGAGGCAGCGGUUUUAUGAUGACUACCAGGAUGUUAGGUUGACCAUUGACCUUAAAGCUCGUUUGAUUUCUGACACGUUGGGUUUACAGCAAGCAUCAAGAAAGUAUUUUAAAUGUGUAUGAGUUGUGCUUUUGUCUUUUUUUCCCCCUCGUUUUUUGUGUGUUUUCCAGCUGUUUGCCUUUGUCUGCUCUGUUUUGUGUUGUAAGAAGCAUUGUGUUCUCCUGGAGGCUCUCAGCUUGGGGCUGAAAGGCGGUUCUUCUUCUCCACCUUUUUUAAUUUAUCUUGUGCCUUAUGAAACACGUGACCUAGAGAUAUACUGUAUGUAUACUUGUUGGGGAAGAUUAACCGGAUGCUACGCGUGUCUGAAUAUGUCUUUAACGUCCUUCAAACUGAAUAAAAUGCUUUAAGCUGGCAAUAGCAGCACAAAGCUGAUAAAUCUC